AAAGAUGACUUGGCAACGUCUGCCACAUCAGCGGCAGAAGCAGCGACGCCUUCUCAGUGGAACGGACUUGCAAUAGCGAGCUUUCACACUGCUGCACAUGUGUGGCUUCUGUGGACAUAUUAUUAACCGGUGGUUUUAGCUUCCAGUCUCCCAGAGUUGCCAAAGCGGUUAAAAGUUAUUUGGAAAGCCUCUUAGCCGAAUCUCUCUGAUCCAGAAGGCCAGCUGGCUUCUCCUGAGGUACUUUGGAAAUUUGCACUGAUCCUGGUCCAGGUGCAUGGGGAAGACGCUAAGGGUAUAAACCCUAACAUUGAACCUGAAGACCCAGCGCAAAGUAGAAACUGAAACUAUCCUGCCUGUUCUGCGGGCAGAGCCUACGGAAGUUAUGGCAAACUCACAGCGUCUGGCCAGCCAGUGAUGCAUGCGGCCCCUCCUGGGAUGGAUGAACUAGGCGCGGCGUGGGUGAGAGGAGCCAGCUGCCCGAACUGCCCAGCCCAGCACCGGCGUGCGGCCACUCGGAGGAUGCCCGGGGUCCUGGGCGUGAUUAUGGGUGAUGAGAGCUCGCUCCUGCUUCAUUCCCAGUCAUCAUGACUACACCCACCUCCCGCAGACCAUGUUCCAUGCUUCUUUUAGAUAUAUUUUUGGAAUUCCUCCCCUGAUCCUUGUUCUGCUGCCUGUCACAUCAUCUGACUGCCACAUUAAAGAUAAAGAAGGUAAAGCAUAUGAGAGUGUGCUGAUGAUCAGCAUCGAUGAAUUGGACAAAAUGACAGGAACUGUUAGCAAUUGUCCAAAUAAUGAGCCAAACUUUUUUAAAAAACAUCCAUGUGAUGAUGCAAAGGAAGCUGCUUUUCUAAAUCGUGCUGCUCGCAAGUUGAAACAAUUUCUUAAAAUGAAUAUCAGUGACGAAUUCAAUGUCCACUUGCUAACAGUUUCCCAGGGCACACAGAUGCUGGUGAACUGCACAAGCAAGGAAGAAAAGAAUUUAAAGGAAAAGAAAAAGAAUGAUCCAUGUUUCCUAAAGAGGCUACUGAGAGAGAUAAAAACUUGUUGGAAUAAAAUUUUGAAGGGCAGUAUAUAAACAUGGGACAUGUAUUUGCAACCUCCAAGUAUCUACAUUUUGAGAAUUGAAAUCCUCCCAGAAGUUGUUGGAUACCUCCUGGUCAAAUGACCAGAGCAACUGGGAAAACCACAAUGAGGUACUAGAAAUGGACACAAACAAUGCAACGGAUUGCUGCAGUAAGAAUUAUACAUAUGGAUAGACAUUAGCUGUGCUGACUUUGUAAAGCAAUCAUGCCAUCUGCAAUACUUUUUUAAACCUUCCCACACAUUUCAGAAGAUAUCCAAGCCACAAAAAUAAAGCCUACAAGGACUCUAAGUCACCAUUGUUUUACCAGCAAAAUGAUGGUAUCCCACUGUGCAUCUGUGAAUCGUCGAAGAGUGGAGCUGUCAUCUUGUAAGCUGGAGAUGCUGGGGUGCUCACAGUGAUGGAUAUUUCUAAUGAAAAUGAGUCGUAUCUCAAAGCAGUGACAGCAAGAAAAGCUUAAGGCAUUUAAAACAGGUAUCAAGAAAUGUAGUUCAACAUGAAUGUAUAACACGUACCUUCAGUAAAGAGCAUAGAACAUCUUUUUAAAUAAAAGAACUUUUAAAGAUAGAAAUUCACUUAGUCCAAAGAUACUGAAGCUUAGUAUUCAGUCACUUUUGCCAUCUAUGUAUACUAAGGCUUGUAUAAUUGAAUUUUCAAUUUGGGAAGUAUAUUUUUAAGAUAAUAAUAUAUGUUAGACUUUAAUUAAUGUAUAUAUUUAAUUUUGGCAUUAUCUAUAUAUAAAAUAUUUUCAUACAGUACUACCAGUUGCCUACUUUGAAUAGUUCUUCUUUUUAAAAUAAAUGGCCUAUGUGU